AUGGCUCCAGCCUUUUUAAGAAGACUGAAGACUGGGCCUUUUGGACCAGACUGCUGCUGUUCUUCUACUGAAACAGAGUCCAGGCAGAGUCCAGGCAGAGUCCAGGCAGAGUCCAGGCAGAGUCCAGGCAGAGUCCAGGCAGAGUCCAGGCAGAGUCCAGGCAGAGUCCAGGCAGAGUCCAGGCAGAGUCCAGGCAGAGUGUCCAGGCAGAGUGUCCAGGCAGAGUGUCCAGGCAGAGUGUCCAGGCAGAGUGUCCAGGCACCGCGAGCAAUGCUUCUUCCUCUGGCUCCGGAGGUGUUUGUGUCUCACUGCAGGAAGACUCCACUCAUGAGUUCAGAGGGUUGGGUUCUGUGA